CCACCGUGGAGGAGGGGGCAAAGUUGAAUGUUCUGUGCCUGUUACGUGGCUGUCCCAGCAGCUCGCAGAGACAGCUCAUCCCAUUAGGGCUCCCCUUUUAUCCCGAAAAGCACACGCCAGGCACAGGCCAAUCUGCCUCCCGCUGGCAGCCGCGAAUUUGGUUGUUGAGCAGGAGAAAAGAAGGUGGAUGUGGCAGCCAUGGUGCGGCUCUUUGGCUACGUGGAUGUGACCGACACUGCCUUCAUUGUGGCCGUCCUCUCAAUYGCCUUCAACCCUCUCUUCUGGAAUGUGGUAGCCAGAUGGGAGCACAAAACACGAGCGCUCAGCCAAGUGUUCGGCUCUGCCCGUGCUGCCUGUUACUGCCUGGGCGCUGUGAUCCUGCUGCUCAACUGUGUGAGGAGCCACUGCUUCACAGAAGCCAUGAAGAGCCAGCCGAGGCUGGAGGGCUGGGACUACCACUGGACCUAUUACUCAGGCUUGGCCAUCUCGGCUGUAGGGACCUUGUUUGUCAUCUCCAGUUUCUUAGCACUGGGAUUCACCGGGACGUUCCUAGGUGAUUACUUUGGCAUCCUGAUGGAGGAAAAAGUGACCAGCUUCCCCUUCAGCGUCCUGGAUAAUCCCAUGUACUGGGGCAGCACAGCCAUCUACCUGGGCUGGUCCCUCAUGCACGCCAGCCCAGCUGGCCUUUUGCUGACAGCUGUAGUGGCAAUUUCCUACACAAUCGCUGUGCUGUAYGAGGGGCCUUUCACAGAGGAGAUCUAUCGGCAGAAGCAGAAGGGGGUGAAGAGCAAAUAACCCCAGAGCACUGCCUCGGCUACCUCGUGCYUCUCCGGGCCCCAAACUGUCCGAUUUGCCCGUUUUCCUACUGAGAUGUAUCCUARUAAUUAGCCCAGCAACCCUUAAUGAGCCGACUGAGCUCCCUGCAGCACUGGAAGURACCAGAGGAACGGCCUGAGCGUGGUGACAGCUCCUUGCCACUGUCCAUGGGAGAUGAAGGUUCCUGUCCCCAGGUCCCUGUCCGGGUCCUGAUGCUCCCCCGGGAAUUGCACAGCGUGGGACCUCCCUCCCACACCGAUUAUUGGAGAUCUGCAGGGAAAAAGRAAUUCCCUUUGGACUGGAGGGAAAGCAGAGUGAUGAUGGAGGCACCGGGGGCCUUUCAUGAGUGAGCUGUGAGCCUGUGGAAGCACCAACUCCUCGAGAUCAUCUCCUGGAAGCUGAUCCUGGAGAACAUCCCGAGGUGCUGCCCAAGAGCCAUGGGAAGCAGAAAAACUCGGAUGCAGCAACGGAGAGGGCUCGGGAGCCUUGAGGAUUCAAACACAGAGGGGAAACUGCUGCAAACUCAACAGCAGCAAAACCUGCUGCAAACCCAACAACCAACCCCCUCUUUUUUUGGGAAAGGAACCUCCCCAUCCAGAGCUGCAGUUUCCCACCUGUGCAGAGCCCUGCAGCAUCUGCACCAUUGCAAAGGCUCCGAGAAAAGUGACUGAAAAGCRCAGAAAUGUGAAUGUACCACCUAAACCACAGCCCAGGGGGUGGAGGGAUGGCAGCUGCCCCAUGGAGAAGACCCAGGGGAGGAGUCAAUCCCUUUCCACACCUUGCCCUGGAUGGAUUCCACCCUUGGCCAUGUGGAUGGUCCAACCCCUCCUUUUCCCUGGUGCCCACUUUAGGGUCUUGCUGCCUUUCCCACCACCCAGUGCCUUCCAGCUGUUUUUCACUGCCCUGCAGGGCCAGUGGGAGAGGGGAAAGGAAAGGUUUGUUUCUGUCUCCACGCUGUGCAGCAGCCGGGAAUGGAUCUGCCCCUCCGCCCCUCCCACCAGCCUCAACAAGUCCCAAAACUGCCCAGUGCUGGAUCCUGCACUGAUCAGAAAGAUUCCAGAGGUGAUGCUCCAGUCCCAGGCUCUGUUUUUACAGAUUCCCAGAACAAUUUGAGAAAUAAACUGUGAGUGACCAAGCAAGCAGGUGCUGAAGAAGGGAGCUGCGCUGCUGGCACUGGAUGGCACAGCCACACCUCAGCAUCACAUCAUCCCCUCCACAGAGGGUCCUCCCUCUUCUCAGUGUCACCUCCAUGAAACGGUUCCAUUUCCUUUUGCUUUUGCACGCUGUAAUUAAUUCACCCUCCGGGCAUCGCUCAGCAGGAAUUAAACGUGUUGGUCUCUUUUCA